GCCGCGGGUUGUGCGCCUGCUCGGCGGCGGCUGCUGCGGCGCCCGGGAAUGGCGGCGGUUUUGGAGCUGCUGCUGAGCGAGGAGGUGGCGGUCGGCGCCGUGGUGCGGUGGCUGCGGCGCGCGCCGGGACAGCGCCCGGCUGAGGAGAAUCACAUCCAUGACAAGCUGGUAUCGUUCAGUUUGCUUCAGAAGGACUUUGUGCCUUUUCUGCUGAAUUUUUUAAGGGAGCAGACCAGCCAGAUACUGACUAAUGGACCCUCCACUCCUGCUAAAACUCCCAAUUCCAAGGCCCACAGGAGCCAAAGGACAGGACCAGAAAGGAGAGCAGGCCAUGCGACUAGCAGCCGAGUGCAGCUCUUUUCCCAAAGGACUUCGGUGACGUCCUGCACCACAGACACCAGCUUUUCCCCCGCUGCUGCAUCCAGUGGUUCCUCUUCCUAUUCUGGGUCGAACCUGUCAAGCCCUUGCAGCGACUUCCCCAGCGUGGUGUCCAGUAGCAGCCCAAGCUUUGGGUACAGCCCUGUGCUCACCCACAGCGAGAAGCGUUCGGCUCAGAAAGCCAACCUGGGGAGCUUCCUCGCUGCUGCACCAGAGGCCUUGCCAGCAAGGCGGGGCAGGAGGAAGGGCAGCAGCUCUAUCAGUGCCUCUGGACGGCAGGUUGCUCGGGACCUGGGGCGUUCCUUGGCCGAAGAGGAGGAUGGAAAGAAUGAAAGUGCAUCGUGGAGUGGAGGGAGAAGGAAGCGGAGCGAAGUGCCUCUUGUUGCUGCUAGAACCCCUCCCAGCCAGCUGAAUCUUAACAACCUAGAGGAGUUCCCACCCAUGGGUACCGCCUCUGGCUGGACAAACAAAAGCAAGCCAUCAAGGCGAAUCAACCCAACUCCUGUGAGUGCUGAACGCCCUCUUUCAAAGCCAAAGAUGUGCUUCACUUCAACGCCUGUCAGCCAGUCUCCAGCUGCUCGAUUUUCAGCGGGGUCAAGCUCUGAGGCCUUUACCACUGUACAAGAGGGAAGCCCGACUUGUAGCAGCCUUCAAGAGGAAAGGGAGAUGCUGAAGAAAGAACGAUGCAAGUUGCUGCACCAGACAUCUUCUGCAGGGAUAUCUCCUGAUCCUGGGACUCCUACUAAGCCCACUUACACUCGCAGUGCUAGCCUUCCUGCUGAAAGCCAUCUGGUGACCUGCGCAGAUCCUGCAAAGGUUUCCUGCAAGAAGCAGUUGGAGUGUCUGGCACAGCUCUACUCAUCGUGUAUAGCAGAAAACCUGGUACCAAAUAUUUUCCUGGAGGUUUUUUUUGUUCUGCAACUUCUAACAUCUAAAGGAACUUCUGCUUCAGAGGAAGAAGAAAGUGACCUUGAAGUCAAUGAAGGAAGUAAAGAUGCAUCAGGGAGGCAGCACUUCCGAAGUGUGCACAAUUGCGUGUACUUCGCUGUUCAGGUCUUGGAUUAUCAAUAUGAAAUUAUUUCCCAUUUAGAAAAGGGGACACUGAAGUUCUUGGCAGAAAAUGAACGGAUUGCAGCUUUUUCUCCCACCCUGCAUGAGAGGCUCAAACAGGCGUAUGAAAGCAGCACUGCCAAGGUGUCUCUGCUGCUGCCAUGCUCUGUGCAAUCUGUUUCUUUCCAGCCAGAAACUGACAAUCGUUCUAACUUUCCCAGUGACAGAGCAUUUCACAUAUUUAAGAAACAAAGGGAUAUCUUUUAUGAACUGCUGCGUGAGUGGGAGGAUAACCAUGAAAAACCUGGUUGGGACUUUGAAAGAGUUCUGGGCAGCAAAAUCAGGGCCAUGAUGGCUCACCUGUCUGCAACCUGCAACCACAGCCAUUUUGCCAGGCUCUUUCAGAAGCAGCUCACCCAGAUGUGUAAAGAUCCUAUUGGUGGUGGUGUGAGCUGGGGAGACACUCCAGACCAGGAUGUCCUUAAUAUGCUGGGUCCUGAUAAUCUGAGCCGUCUGAAGAGGUUGCAGGAAAGAUUUGUUGUUCCUCAGAGCAUCAGGGGACCUUGCCCACCUCCUUCAUUCCCAGGGUGCCAGCAGUUCUUCAGGGACUUCAUCCUCAGCGCAGGAAGUUACCAGUUCAAUCAGCACCUGGUCGAUAGCCUGUGCCUGAAGAUACUUGAGCUAGAUGGCCUUACUCUGGUGGAGCAUGAGCACAGUGAUGGGGAAACAGAUAUGGAUGAACAGGAUGAAAAGAAGCGUUUCACUGUGGUACUGCUAAGCUUGAGACUCCUUGCCAAGUUCCUGGGCUUUCUUGUAUUCUUGCCAUAUCGCACUGUGGAACAACCAACUAGAGACCUGCAAGACACUGCAGUAGCAUUGAGGAACCAAACUUUGCCUGUGCUGGACAUAUUGAAGCUUCUGAGACGAUCCAUUCGGAAUCAGCGUUCUGUCCUCACUAUUCCUUGGAUUGUGGAGUUUCUUUCUCUUGUGGAUCAUAUUGCUCCUUUCCUUGAUUACUAUAGGAAGGUAUUUUGUCUUUUGCUGCAGGUAUACAGGCUAAUGGUCCUUUCUGAAGACAAAGAGAUGAGUUUCCUGAACAAACUGCUGAUCCUUGCAGUUCUGGGUUGGCUUUUUCAGGUUCCAUCGGUCCCUGAAGAAUUGUUUUUUGCCACAGAUGUCAGGCAGGAGGGAUUGGUGAUGGAUAUUGCGACAUCUGCUCAGGCUUUGGACUCUGUCCCCUUGGUGGAUCAGCAGUUACUUUAUACCUGCUGCCCCUACCUUGGAGAGCUGCGGAAACUACUUGCCUCUUUUGUGGCUGGUAGUGGAGUAAAAAAUGGUGGCUUUAUAAGGAAAAUCACUCCAACAGCUGCAGAGUCCUUGGCACCAAAGACUUCCAUUACACAACGGAAACUGCAGGUAGAGCUGGAACAGGCCUUCUUCCACAACCAGCCUCCCUCUCUGCGGAGAACAGUUGAGUUUGUGGCAGAGAGAGUGGGAUCAAACUGUGUUAAGCACAUCAAGGCGACAUUGGUAGCAGAGCUGGUUCAAAGGGCUGAAGUCAUGUUGCAGGAUAAAGUGAAGGAGGAGGAUGCUAAUCAUGAUAAGCUGCUUGAAGAGGUGUGCGCUCAUCUGUAUGAUGAAGGAGCCCAGGCACUUAUCAAAGGCAGAGAAUUUUGCAAAAAGAAAGGUCCUGAGGCGGUAAGGGUCUUAUUGCCCGAAGAAACAUCUGCAGCAGUUUUGAGCAGUGCAGAAGACAUUGCAGUGGAGCUGGCUACUGAGAAGGCCUGUGGCUGGCUUUCUGCUAACAUUGCAGCACUGAUUAAAAGAGAAGUGAAGGCAACAUUCAACAGAAUGCUGAAAGUCCCAGGACUUCCCUUGCCCAAUGAGGAUCCUGUGGAGUUGAGAAGGGACUGCUCCCCGGGCUGUCUGCACCGUGCGCCAUUUCCCUCUCAAAUAAUCAAUGAGAUUAAGGAUGUGCUCUGCAUUGCUGUGGGCCCACGGGAUGAAGGGGAAGUGAUUGAUGUUGGCUGGCUGGAGUGCUUGCUGGGUCGACUGAGUCAGACGCUUCGGUGCAGAAAGUUCAUGUGUCCCACAUCAGAACAGCAGCUGGCAAAGUGCACGGUUGAGUUGGCUUCUUUGCUGGUUUCAGGUCGUGUUCCUCUUAGUCUUGGGAUCAAGCCCCCAGAGGAGAGCGCCGAGAGGCUCCGAGUAAAGAAUAAUCCCACAUAUGACCUUCUGAAACUGCUGCUUUCUGUCUGGAAGGAGGACUUUGGGACAACUGUUCCUGUGCAGCUGAUGUUCAGCAGGAAGAACAUUGGCUAUCUUGCAGAAGUGAAGCAGCAAGAGUGGGAUUUGUUCCAUUUCAUCCUUCAUGGUCUUGUAGAAUAUGAUCUAAUGCGGACCAGUGAAAUAGAGAGUUGCUUGCGUAGCCUUGAAGAGUUCCCUUGGCCCUCAGACUUCUUAAAAGCUCUGGGCAGCAUUUCCAGUUUAUUUCUAUCGGAACAUCUUAUGGAAGAGCCCAGGAGUAACCCCUGUGAGCUGACCAGACAAUCUCUAGGUACCGUGACAGCACAAAGUUAGUGGAGAUGGACUCUCUGAGGAUAGAAAUUACUAAUGAAGAUGCAGAUGGAAUUUUUAGUGUUUCUGAAUGCACUGUGAGGUCCUUGCUGGGAAAAUACUGCAUGUAGGAGGUCUCUAUGUGCAAAACCAGCACUGGUCUUUCUGUUUGUGGAUGUGUUGCACUGGUGACUGCUGAAGGAUUCAUAUCAGCAAAUAGAUCACCAAGUCAGAAGUUCUUUAAGCACCUUGAUCAUUGCUCAGAGCAGCUGUUUUUUCAGACUCAUGAACACUUUUGUGUUUGUACAGUAACAGACUGUGGUCAAACCAGGAAUCAAGUUGAAUGGACAAGUCCCCCUCUGAAGCAGGGGGAUUGCUUCCUGGUGACUGGCUCAUCUCUGAACUUAAUGUGGUUUCUUGCCAGGGGAGGGAAAAGGUAACCUGUUCUGCAAGAUGAGCCCGUAUUUAUUUUUCACUGUGAGCUCAAUUUCGAAUAUUUGAUUUUAAUGUUUUUAAGACUCAUUUUAGAAGUUAAAACAUAUUAAAUAUAUAUACACCAGAAAAUGUGUAACAUUAUUCUUAAAGGAUGUAGAUGAUUAAGUUAAGUUUUCUUCCACCUCUUGAUGGAAACAGACCUUGUUAUUUCUUGGAAUUUUUAAUUGAAAUAAGGGAGAAAAUACUUGAUUAUAUUUUUCACUGAAGGCAGAUGGCAGUAUUUUUAUGACUCUUUUUAUAGUAUGUGAACAUAAAUGGUAUGUAGCUGCUAUUUCUUGUUUUUUAUAAUCCUUCUUGCCUUGAGUUUGAAUUUUAUCGGACAGGAAAUACUCCAGCGAGUAAACUACAGACUAGAAGAACAGACAAGAAAUUUAGCAGGGAAAAAAGCAGUGCCACCUUCUGGAGAGAUGGUAUGAAAGGAACCUUUUUUAUGGAGGGCAGUGGGCACUUCCUGCUUUUCUGGAUAGAUCAUAAAGCCAGGGUGCAAGUUCCCUUUCACCCAGCAGGGAUCUUCUUCAGCAGGAGUUUGUGCUCGGGACUGCUGGGGGUUAGCAGAAAAUUACCUGCUGGUUAGAUGAUUCGGGACAAUUUUUCUUUUCAGAGGAUUUUUUUUUCCCUUUUGUCUGGCAGUCUGCCAUUAGUACAAGUUUGUCAGAAAGCAAAUAUUGUGUUAAGACCAAUGUUUGGACUUGAAGCUGAGUAUCUUGCUGAUUAACUUACCUCUUCCUUGUAUAAGGUGGAAAAAAGUAGCUUUCUCAGUUGAGGUGGAGGGGAAAAACACAACCAGGACUAACUAGGUAGAACUGUGGCAUCAGUUGAAAUGUGUGAUACAGAGGGGAAUGCCAGCAUCUAAACUCCAUUGAGGUUGAUUGGGCAUACACCAUCUGUGUGCUUUUUUCUUUUUUCUUUUUCUUCUGUGUUUCUAGGGAUUGUAAGACAUGACUGAGUCAGGGGUUCCCUGAAAGUAGGUGUGCUGCGUGUCUGGUGAAAGCAGGGUAAUGCAAAUUGAAAUAGCGAGUACUGUCUCUUGUUUCAUACCUACUUCCUGAGGCUGAGCAUUGUGUGAUGUUUUGCUGCAGAGCUCAGUUGAAGUUGUUGUUUGUUAUAAUAAAUAUGAUUAAAUGUCCUGUUUUGUAUCCAAGCUGGUGAAAUACAGCCUCUUUGUACUGGGACAAAGUACAAAAAGGUGCCUUGCCACAAAGCAUGAUGCAGAAAACAUAUGGUAAUAUCUGUCCUGCACGCUGCUGUUUUGCUUGUGCUGCAGUACUGCAUCUGUUACUUGACCGUGGGAGAUAGAGGGAGAAGCUGGAUAAAAAGGUGCUCAGUCUCUGGAACUGAAUUUAUUUGGGUAUCUAAAACUAUUUGUGUAGAUACUGUGGCCACAGGUGUUUUUGUGAACUCAACCUAACUCAGUUAUCCUUCUGUAAUACAACAUGCGUGGAGGUAUUUAUUUAAAAGGUGAUCAAACCUGAAGAUCAGUUUACUACUGCCAGAGAAUGUAAUUGUGCUCCAUUGGGCAGAAGUCAGUCUGUUCUUCAGUGUUGUCCAGCAGGUAAGAAACACCUCUGCUUCUGUUUUCUUACAUUGUCAUGUCAUUAAUCUACAUAGUUAAUGGGUGUCUCAUGUUACUUAUGCUUGGUGACUUUGGGGAAGCCAGGCACCUGACUCUGCAGCCAAAGUUUGCAAGAAGGAUACAGCACUCUGGGCAAGUAGGAGACCUAGGAGACCUACGCCUUCUAUCACAAGCUAAUCUUUUUGGCUUCAUCCAGAUAAGUGUUCACUGAGUAGAACAACGCGUCCUCCUGUGUACGACGGUGCAAAUCUGGACAUCUGCCUUUUGGUGCAGUUGCUGAGGCUGUGGAAGAUGUGCAGUGCUGCAGGUGAAGCAUCCCCUGACGCAGCUUGGCAGGCUGCUAAGA